AUGCUCCGGCCUCUCGAGGACGCGUGCUCAAUGUUCCAACAGCUAAGCCACGCAACGCAUGACCCCCCCCCCCAAAAAAAAGACAUUCGCUCGUCGUCGGCGCGGCACACGCGUGUGCAGGUUGUCAUAUCCACGACGGAGACGCUCCAGCGAAGCUUGAGCAUGGUCAACAACCGCGUGUUCGAGGCUCUCUCCUGUGGGGCCGCUGUGGUGCACCUGCUCGGGAACGACACCGCACGAACCGACCUGGGCAGGAGGGGCCGGGAGCUCGUCCUGUCCAAGCACACCUUCGCGUCACGCGUGGUGACGAUUCUCUCGAGCAUGGACGAAGUGGUAGCGCUGAAAAACCAGGAGGAGACAUCAGCAGCGGGAGAAGCUUCGUCGGCAGCAGCCCGGCGCCUGGCCUUGCUACCGGGCGAGACGACGGCAGCGGCCACGGCGCGGGGUGAUCUUCCCGCGAGGGGUGCCGCCGGCGCUGAUGCUAUCGCCGCCGCCGUGAAUGCCACCGCUAUGCCGACGGGGGGUGGCGGUGUCGAAAGCUGUUGCCAAUCGGGUAGAGCUUGUCGCAACGCCGUCGAGUUCACGGCAUGCCCUACACCGACUACGGCACCUGGAGAGGGUGGGGAAAACUUGACGACAACCGUGCCCUCGUGCCCUGCAGAGGGAACGCCCCCUGGUGAAGAUGCUGCUACGGAGGAGUUACGACAACUAUCACGCCCCCAUCACGAUCCCUUUCCACCGUCGCCAUCGCUAAGGGCGGCGACUCCGGUCCGGGCGCACCAACGACCGGACCACGCUCAACCCCUCGUGCACGGUGCCGGCGAACACGCCACCGGCAGCGGGGACAUCUCCAGGGAUGAUGCCACACAAGGAACACCCUGUAACGGUUCCGGGGAUCAUUCGACAAAAAGGAGGUUCUGUUACGGCUCUAAGGAUGACACGACAAGCGGCGCAUGCCAUUACGGUUCCAGCGAUACCUCGACAACAGGAACACCGUGCAACGGCGGUUCCGGGGAUGGUACGAAGAGAGCAACAUCCCGUAACGACUCAGGCAACCCCGACUAUCCUUUGCCCCAGCUGCUGGGGCGAAAGAAGACGCCGCUGGUGGUGCGGCCGAACGCUCCGCUGGUCCUUGUCGUGUACCGAUCGGAGUCCCCACCCCCUGGGCAAUUGCGGCGGGACCUCCAGUCCGCGGCCGGAGCCGUGGCCGGCGGCGCCAGAAUAGCGUUCAUGGAGACAACAGCCGAGACCCUCGGCGUCAGUGAUUCGGGCGUCGAGUGCUUCGGAUGGGGGCGACGGAUUGGGGCAGAGGAACUCUCUCGGCUGCAGGACCUGCAGACCCGCGUCUCCCGGCUGCUGGCGGAUGCAGGCCGAGCGGCCGCCCACGGAGAGCACGGAAAUACGCUGGACGUGGACUUUCUUGGCGUGGAGGCUGCCCGCGAGGCGCACGGCUUCAUGGAGUGGUGCUGCUCCGUGGGAGACCCUUUGGAGAGGUGGUUUCUCCACCGUCUCGUCGGCGAACACGCUUCGCGCGUCGUGCGCACGGCGUUUCUCGCUGUCGCCGCCGGUGGCCCUGAGAGUGCGGAACAACAACACGGUUUUGGGAGACAAGAACACGAGAUCGCGAGACGACGGCACGGGAUGGCAGGACAACACGGCAAAGCUCUGACGUUUUUGGAGGCUCAACGACUGGACUGUUACGAGUGGGUUGAGCACCUUGGCGGCUGCGGCGAGGGCCGCUCGUGCCCUAGGUCGGUCCUUUCAGAGGGAGGCUACUUCGCGGAAGAAACGGGAGGCAAGACUUGCCCUUCUGCCUCCAGGCUCAAGAACAAGGUCGAGCAGACCUUGUUUGGGGUGAGGAAGCGCUUCCACGAUGCCGUUGGUUAG